AUGGUAGGCGUGUUACCGUCCACCUUGCGUCUGCAUGAUCUGGUUUCUGAGGAACAAAUAAUCCCCAAACCCUCGCGCUGCCCUGAACGGUGCCUACAGAGGGAGAGGAGUCGGUUCCGCCUGCCGGCACAGCGAGGUGAGGAAGCAGCCCCUGAGGAUGCUGAUCUGGAUCAGGCCCCCAGCGCUAAAGAGCUGGAGGUGCUGGGGGUCACACCCGGGGGGGCCCAGGGCCGGGCAGGGAUGGCCGUGGGCAGGGUGCCAGGAUCGCAGAGGUGCCGUUACGCAUCCCACGUGGCAUACGGCCGGGACCACACGUUUUUUCCAGAUCUGCUCAAAAUUAUCCCUGCAAGUAUCCAUGUUAGUGUCAUUCUCUUCUGUACAGUACUGAUCGUCUUUGCUCUGGUGGGAGCAGGUUUCUUCAUGUUCAAUGCUUUCGGCAGCCCUUAUGAAACUCUGCACGGCCCCGUCGGGUUGUACCUCUGGAGCUUCAUCGCCUGUUCCUGUGGCUGCCUCAUCAUGAUUCUCUUCUCUUCAGAAGUGAAAAUGCACCAUCUUUCAGAGAAAAUUGCUAAUUUCAAAGAGGGAACUUUUACAUUCAAGACUCACAGUGAACAGUUUGCAAAUUCAUUCUGGAUCGUUCUGGUUUGCUCCCUGGUGCACUUCCUGAACGCCUUGCUAAUACGAUUUGCUGGAUUUGAAUUUCCCUUCUCAAAAUCAAAAGAUUCAGGGACAAUCACCGGAGCAGCUGACCUGAUGUAUUAG